AUGGCCGAUAGUGAAGUGAAUCAGACGGUUGCGGUUGGCGAAGAAGGCAAGUGGGCAGAAGCUUGCGCCGAGUCGGAUGUGCGACCGCUGAGAGUUGUUAUUGUCGUCGUGACUGGUAUGGUUGAUGGCGGAAGAUGCGUCGAGUUGGCUGUGACGCUGCGCGGUGAUGGAUUGUGGGUGCGCUGGUGUGGUGGUGAUGAGUUGGUGGAAGAGGAAGAGAAGCAACGGAGGUGGAGGAACAAAGGAGGGAAUCUCGAGAAGGGAAGGCUGGAAAAAGUGGAGACAAGGCUUGGCGUGGCUGCCUCACGAGUCACAUCUUACAACACAUCACAUCACAACACAUCGCAACACUGCACCGCAGAUGCGAAAACGACAUUCAUUCACACGCAUACACCUACAAAUCCGUAA